AUGGCUCCAGACCAUGACAAGACGCCCAACACGGUCGAACUCAACGAACACGUAACGGAGACAACGACCGCCGCAGACACUUCCGCGUUAGGUCACCUCGCCAAUCAAGAAGACCAUGAAGUUGGUAAACUUGCGUCCUUCCGCAAGUAUCCUUGGGCAUGUGCUUGGUCUAUCUACAUGGUGUGGAUAGUCCUGCUGGUCAGUUUCGAGAAUCAAGCAGCUGGCAAUGUCAUCGGUAUCCCGGAGUUCAGGAAGGAUUUCGGGCAUCAGUUUACUGCAGACGACGGCACUGUAAGUUAUGUCGUUGAUGCUCAGUGGCAGUCAGCCUUUCAGGGUGCACCCGUAGCUUCUGCUAUCGUGGGUGCCCUUGGAUGUGGGCAACUUGCUGACUGGCUUGGCCGCCGCUUAGUGGUCAUGAUUUGUCUCGCAGUCACUUUCGCCGCUGUCACCAUGGAAUUUGUUGCGACAACAAAUGAGCUCUUCUUCGGUGGCAAGUUUUUGAAUGGCUUCGUUGUCGGUGCCCUGGCAUCGGUUACCGUAACAUACAUCGGCGAGGUCGCUCCUUUGAAACUUAGAGGCAUGCUGACCUGCUUGACUGCUCUCUCUUACACCCUCGGGCCACUUACAGUUGCGCUCAUUGUCAACUCCACUGGAGUGUACACCAACCGUUGGGCAUACCGUGCUGUCUUUUGCGCACAGUAUGGGUUUGCUGCCAUAGCUACUGCUUUCGUCUGGUUCAUGCCCGAGUCUCCAUGGUGGCUCGCAUCUAAAGAUCGACAGGCAGACGCACUGAAGGCUCUCAACAGUCUUGGUCAUCGUGGAUUUGCAGGGGAACAAAAGCUCGCUCAGAUUAUGACAACUCUACAAGAGGUUAAGCGCGAGACUGAAGGCGCCACAUACCUGGAGUGUUUCCGCAAAUCCAACCUCCGGCGAACGAUCAUUUCGAUCAUGCCGCUCACCAUACAGUCUCUCAGUGGCAUCACUUUCGCUGCUUCGUACUCAACAUACUACAUGCAACUCGCCGGAUUUACAACAGCCAUGUCAUUCAAAUUGCAGAUCGUCCAGCAAGUUAUCUCACUUAUCGGAAACGUCAUGUCUUGGUACCUAGUCGAUCGAAUAGGUCGUCGCAACCUUACUUUCUGGGGUCUCUUUGUUCUCACCAUCAUCUUGUUCGUCAUGGCCGGCCUCGCCGUUGUCGGUACCGUCCCUGCAUUGAAAGGUGCUAUCAGUAUGAUCCUCAUCUACUGCUUCUGGUAUAACGUUACGAUUGGAGCCACUGCCUACACCAUUCUCUGCGAGACAUCAACUUCCCGUCUCCGCGUCAAAACCAUCGCCAUCGGGCUCGCCCUACAGAAUGCUCUCAACACUAUGUGGAGUUUCGUGCUACCCUAUUUGUUCAAUCCUGAUCAACUCAAUCUUGGUGGGAAGCUAGGCUUUAUCUUCGGUGCUUUGUCCAUUAUUUGUCUAGUGUAUCUUUGGUUCUACCAGCCCGAGACAGCUGGCCGGACAUACGAGGAGUUGGAUGAGAUGUUUGCUAAUAAAGUAAAAGCAAGAAGCUUCGCAACGCACAAAACGGAUACACAGGCUAUGGGUGAGGCGGUCAAGGAGAAGGAGAAUAUGUAG